AUGGCAAUCAACCAAGAUGUUGAAGAACUAUUAAUCAUGGGAGACUUAGAUUUGAUUAUCCAACAAGCUCAAAGAGAAUGGGAAACCCGAGACGUCAAGCUUAUUCCUUAUAGGAAACAUGUGGAAGAACUUGGCAAACGAUUCAAGUCAAUAGAGUUCAGGUACAUUCCUCGCUGCCACAAUGAACUACCUGAUGCACUUGCCACUUUAGCCUCAAUGCUGUCGUACCCAGGCGAUGCCUACAUUGAUCCAUUGGAAAUCCAAAUUCAAGAAAGGCAUGGUUAUUGUAAUACGGUUGAAACAGCACCAAAUACCCAACCAUG